AGAAUCUCUCCCAAGCCCACCCUCCUCCGUAGCUCACCACUUCUCCUGUCGUUUCCCUCCACCCGAGGAGAAAAGCAAGUACGCAACUGAGCGGAGCACGGCAAAGCAGGGAGCUUGCCUGGCUAGCGUCGCCACGAACCUGACCUGAGAGCCCGGCCGCCACCACCGUCGGCUUCAUUCCCUCGCUUCUAUUUAUCCCAAGAACCGGGCGCGCGCGCCAUGGAGAUGGCGGGGGCAGCGGAGGCGGCUACACCGGGGCAGGAGCCGAUGCGCAAGGGGCGGAGCAAUUCCAUCCUGCUCCCCAUCGUCGGCAUCCUGUUCGCCUACCUGCUCUACCGCUACCUCCGCCCGCGCCUCCGCGGGCUGCGCCUGGACCGCCUCCCGUUCCGCCUGCCGGCCUGCCUCCGCCGGCGCACGCCUAGCGGAAGCACCGUGCUGCCGUACUUCGCCCCGAUCGCCGACCGCCUCGGCGCGCUGCCGUACCUCGGCCCCAUCGCCGAGCGACUCGGGGUGGGCCCGCAGGGCGGCGGUUUCGGCGGGUACCACGGCGGGGCCGACGCGCUCGUGAAGUUCCCCGGCGGGGAGGCGCUGUCGGUGGCGGCAAUCCUCGAGGCGCCAGGGGAGGUGGUGGCCAAGUCCGCGCACAGCACGCUGUACCGCGCCACCAUGCGGUCCGGGGAGGCCGCCGUGCUGCUCCGGUUCGUGCGCCCGGCGUGCGCCGUGGGAGCCGAGGAGGCGUCCGCUGCCGCACGACGGAUCGGCGCGGUGAGCCACCCAAACCUCGUGCCGCUCCGCGCGGUGUACGUCGGGCCGAGAGGGGAGAAGCUGCUCGUGCACCCCUUCUACGCCGCCGGCUCUCUCCACCGGUUCAUGCAAGAAGGAAUUGCUGAGUCGCAGAGGUGGAAUAUAAUUUGCAAGCUUUCUCUUGGAAUUGUCAAGGGAUUGGAUCACCUGCAUACAGAUCUGGAGAAACCGAUUGUUCAUGGCAACCUCAAGACAAGCAACAUUCUUCUUGAUGCUAAUUAUGAGUGCAAGAUAUCGGACUACGGCCUCUACCUUCUGCUUAAUCCUAACGCUGCCCAGGAGAUGCUUGAUACAUCUGCAGCGCAGGGGUACAAAGCACCUGAGCUAAUGAAGAUGAGGGACGCCACGAGAGAGAAUGACAUCUACAGCUUGGGGGUUGUUCUGCUUGAGAUGCUUGCUCAAAAGUUGUCCACGGAUGACAGCCGGCCAAACCCUCGGGACAUACUUUUGCCUGUCUCCUUCAAAAACUUGGUUCUUGAGAGGAAGAUAUCUGAUGCAUUCAGCUCCGACCUUGUCAAGCAAUGCAAGAAGUCAGGAAAGGAGAAGAAUCUGAAUGCAUUCUUCGAGUUGGCAACUGCUUGCUGUAGCCCGUCACCAUCAUUGAGACCCAACACGAAGUAUAUACUCAAGAGGCUUGAGGAGAUAGCAAGAUAAAUGAAUGUGAGUAGGUUUGCCAACUUGCUAUCUAAUCAGCAUUAUUGCAUUAUAGCAGCAUACCGUUGAUACUUUGAACUUUGAAGCACCCUGCCAUUACAAGUCCCCCAAGCUAAAUGAAUCACAGAAUUUGUGCUGGGCAUUUGAGGAAUGGAUACACGUUUCACAUCCAGGAACCUGUACAGUCUUCACUGAAAUAUGCAGAGGAACUCAUCUGGAACUAUACUGGGACUGCUUUCGGCGUAUGACUAGUAGAUUAUGUUUCUUCUUGUGUCUUUACCUGAAUCUGAAAAAUGUACAAUUGAUCACAAAGGGCCCCUGAAGAUUUGUAAUAGAGUGUUGGUGAAAAGGUAUCUGUUGUGUUCCCAUGCAGCAACAUCUCUAUGUGAGCGGAAUGUUUGCUUCCGGAUGCGUGUAACACGAAGUUAUUGUCGGCAUUGUGAUA